UUCAUUUUCAUCCUAUAUUUCUAAAUUCUUCCAAUUCCAAUUGCCUUCAAGCUUACUUUCAACCAAUAUCACAAUGCCUUCUCCUUUAAGCAUAUUAUCUCUUCUUCUGACUUCCAGCUCACUCCUACUCUCGGUUCUUGGUGAUCAAGGGACUAGCCCAGUUCGCCGCCAUAUGCUUGAGAAACGUAGCUCUUGUUUUGUUAUCAAUCAACGAAAGGGUUGCGUGGACUGGGGAUCAGCCGCAUGCUGUCAAGAUUGCUGUUCAAGGUUUUAUGCCGGCGAAGUCGCUCCGCACUGGGGGAUUGAUUGCAGGUGCCCCACAGCCUACCAGUACCAGACACCAUCAACUGUUGUAGUGACCCCAGGCCCGGCACAACAAGCGCCCCCCAUUUAUGUCACUCAACCAGCUCCGGUUUACGUGGCUCAGCCUCAGCCAGUUUACGUUGCUGGCUAUUAAGCCCGAUUCCUGUGGCCUCCUUGACAACAGAGCUCCAAAAAUGAUCUAA